AUCGGUGGUCACGGAGACGACGGCGGAUGAAAUUUCUUGUAAUUCCUCUUGAGGUUCGCGAUCGAGCACUGAUUCGACAGAAGUGUGUAGCGUAUCGCUGAUCGAUAAGGCAGUUCCUUUUUAAGGGAAUUGGAGGAACGCGAUAGCCGCUGAUUAGUAUUGUUAAAACAAUUCAAGUGCUGAUUACUACCGCGGCUAGAGCAAUAGUUACUGUUUAGUUUAAGCGAGAGGAUUGCUGGUCUACCAUGGCGGACGAAUCGACAACAUCAAGAUGGGUCCUGCAGAAAGGUACGACCACGAUGUUCAUCGCGGAAGUGGUGGGCACGGGAAUACUUUUGUUCAUUGGGUGCAUGGGCUCCAUCGGUUCCAUGGGGGCCGGGCCGCCACCUCAGUUGCAAUCCUCCAUUGCGUUUGGUAUGACGGUUAACGUUCUGAUCAUGAUGUUAGGCCACGUAAGUGGUGCACAUCUGAACCCAGCUGUCACGAUCGGGGCGGUGAUCGUUGGAAUUAAAACGAUUCCGACAGGAAUUCUGUAUGCUUUAGCCCAAUUCCUCGGCGCCACUCUGGGAUACGGCAUACUAAUGAUGAUAACUCCACCCGAGCUGUUCCACGCCGGAAACCCGAAUUCAACCAUCGGACUCUGCGUAACAGUUGUCCACGAAGGUGUCGGGACCGCUCAAGCAAUUUUAAUCGAAAUACUGUGCACCGCCGUCAUACUUUGCACGGCUUGCGCGACCUGGGACCCCAGAUGCUCGAACAUGGGAGACUCCAUGGCGCUCAAAUUCGGUUUCGCAGUCGUCGGAAUUUCCUGUGCAGCGAGUCCCUACACCGGCUGCAGCAUGAACCCAGCUCGCACGUUUGCCCCAGCGCUCUUCCACGGCUACUGGAAGAAUCAGUGGAUUUACUGGAUCGGACCGACCUUCGGCGCUCUGCUCGGCACGUACACUUAUCAACUCCUCUUCGCGCUGAAGAAGGAAGAGUACACCGAGGUUGUGCACGACAAGCAUGACUUCACCGAGAUGAAAACGAUCAACGUUUUGGAGCCGGUCGCGUUGGAGAGCGACGAGCAUCCGGACUCCUCCAGAAACGGAAUGCCAAAUCGGAGGCUGCAACUCGUUUAUAAGGUAGCUUCGUAAAGAGUCGCCAGGUACGGAACAUUCGCAUUCAUUUAUCGUCCGUCAGUAAUAGUCUUCCGCGAUGUACGAAAGGGUUCGCGGAACCUCCGGAGAUGUCGCUGCGCGACACAAAAUGGCGCGCGAUUCAUAUUCCUCCUCCAUUACGAUCAUCUCAUACUUUCUUGAAUCAUUUCGAGGGCCAGGCUGCUCGCACUUUCACUGCCGAUAUUCUAUUUAUGUUUACGAAAGUGAACUUUUAGGAUAAUUAUUUCGUUGCAUUAUUAUAUUGCAAAAUAAAUUGAAUGAUCCUCUUCGUAAUUUAUUGUCAUGUGUAUUUAGUAGGUAUACUACGAAGCUUUAUGUAAAAUCAUGUUUGAAAUAAUUUAUUUGUCAUCCUGUGAAUAUUAUGAAGUUCGAAAUAAAUCGAAAGUUUUAAAUCGUUUUUAUUGGCGAUCCUUUAUUACAGCUCGUGAUUGAGUUGGUAGAUUAUGUUGUAUUUAUGUUUGGAUCAGAAUGGCUAAACAAUAUUUCAGACACUGAAACGGUGCUAUUUAUAGCAACGAAAGGGAUACUAUUUUUCGUGACAACGCUUGUAACUCUGCGUUGGGAGUGUUAUUUAUAACAGUCAUGCGUCUCCCAAGGAUCAUUUUAUUUCGAAACCCUUUGUGUCCCAUGCUGAGGUUCUAUUUAAAUAUUACUCU